ACGCUGCCCUUGGCAACGCCUCCUAACGUAUGACAGUGGCCCGGUGUCGUACAUUUUGCAGACUCACCAUGGCGUUGAAAGAGACAGCGGGGCUGUAUGAGACUCUGAAAGCUGAGUGGAACAAGAAAAACCCGAACCUGAAUAAAUGUGGGGACCUUCUGAGCAAGUUGAAGGUUUCCCUGCUGGAGCUGAACUUUUUACCUACCAGUGGCUCUGCGAUCACCAAGCAGCAGCUCAUUUUAGCUCGGGAUGUCCUUGAGAUCGGAGCCCUGUGGAGCAUCCUGAAGAAAGACAUCCCGUCUUUUGAGCGAUACAUGGCUCAGCUAAAGUGUUACUACUUUGACUACAAGGAUGAACUUCCUGCAGCCGCCUACAUGCACCAGUUGCUUGGACUCAACCUGCUCUUCCUGCUCUCUCAGAACCGAGUGUCUGAGUUUCACACAGAGCUGGAGAGGCUGAGCGCUCGAGAUAUUCAGACCAACAUUUACAUCAAACAUCCCGUCUCCCUAGAACAGUACCUGAUGGAGGGAAGCUACAACAAGGUUUUCCUCGCCAAAGGAAACAUCCCAGCUGAGAGUUACAACUUUUUCAUAGAUAUUCUGCUGGACACCAUCCGCGAUGAGAUUGCGGGUUGCAUAGAAAAGGCCUACGAACAGAUCCAGUUCAGUGAAGCAACCAGAGUUCUUUUCUUCAACUCUCCCAAAAAGAUGACAGACUACGCCAAGAAGAGAGGCUGGACUCAGAACCGGGACGGCUACUACACCUUCACCAGCCAGCAGCAGCGGACGGAGGAGGUGGCCAUCCCCUCCAAAGAGCUGGCGGAGCAGGUCAUCUUAUACGCGCGACACCUGGAAAUGAUUGUGUAAUCCGCCCCCGGGAACACUCAGCCAUGCAGAGACAAACACGCCGCCGCGCCAGGAAGCAUCGGACCGCUUCAAACUCCGGCGCCGCAGUUCCCUCAGAGCGGACCUGCAGUUCCCUCAGAGCGGACCUGCAGUUCCCUCUGUCCGUCUCUACAGACCAAACUGAGUUUAAUCUGGAUUAUUUUCAACAUUUACCUUGGACUUUUUUGUUUUUUAAGCUUGAUUAAACGCAUAGAGCUUUUUAUUUUCUUCAUUACUUUCAGAAAUGUCUUUUUUUUUUUGUGCCCACAACUGAAAGAAACGCCAUUAAAAAUUGUUUUCUAACCAGUGAUGUCACUUCCUCCCCGGACGGUUUAUAUUAUAACAAAAUUAUUUGUUUGCAAUAAACUGUUCCAAAAAAUAAUC